CCCUGGUGACGUAGGCAAAAGGCCCUUCUUACUACGUAGGAAAGGGAGGGUGGUUGUAGUCUUUAUGUUGGGUGUGAGGGUCGGGGGGCUGCCUGGCGAUUGAACCCGGAAGCGAAGGCGUUAGUGGCAGCGUCAGGUGUCGCGGUUCGGUUCGAGAGAGCGUCUGAGGCGGGUACGCGGUGUGAUUCUUUUAAGAACCUGAUUGAUUUCAGUGUCCUGAAGACAAAGGGUCCAGUUUGUGCUCACAUUGCUAAGAGGCUUGGGGAGAAGAAGAUAUGUUCAACCUUUUCCGAAAAAGCCAAGACUCUAAGAAGGUGUCAUUGCCAGAAAGAGAGGCAGAUGGAUUUGUUCUUUUGGGUGAUACAAUUAAUGAACAGAGAAGAGCAUCUAAAGAUAAAAAUUCAUUUCCAGAAGCAGGACCUACAUACAGUCAACCUGUUCAGGUCAGAUGCAGUGUUGUCUCUGCUGGAGAAGAUUCAAUUUUACUGGAUUUGUUGCUCUCUGUGUGUGUCUUUCUAAAUCUUGAGGGAGACCAGCUGGGUGAGCUAGGUCUCACAAUUCAUGUGGAAGACUACAUAUGGCUCACUGGAACUUCCUUGGAGCAUUUGGUACAGCAGACUGUGGAAAUGGCAGAGACAGAAAUGCUCUGUGACCUGGGACAAGUGGAAAACUAUCUGCUGUCAACGGAUGCCCAGUCUCUGAUGCAGGACCUCCCAUUUGAUAGCAAGGCGCUCUUUGCAGACCAGACGGACGUCAGGCUGCAUGAGAUGAAAGAUUCCUGCACCACCUUGCAGACCUGGGGCCUCUACGUCUCCCCGGCUAAAGACAAGGCCAAAUCGCUCCCAGCGGCUCAACCUGAGAGGAGCAGAUAUGAGCCCCCAUACAAAAGACCCAGAGACCAGAAGCGUCGGUCUCGGCGGCAGUCCUGCUCUGUCCCACAGCCUGGACCAUCUGAGGGUCCUUCAGAAGGUGAAAGCGGACAAGGUGGAAGUCAUUCUCAUAGCCCAGAUGUGGGCCUGCCAACCCUGGUACGGGCUCCUCCUGCGCCUCUUAGCGGCCCCUCCGAGGACUCUAUUGCUCUGCCUGGACCUCAUUUCCCAGGAUGGAGGGUGCCUCUUCCAUCCCAAUCUGGCCGCACUCCGCCUGACAGCGUGGAUGCUCCAUGGCUGAAUGAGGAGGAGAACAGGUGUUUGGAGCAGUCCUCUUCAGCCUCAAGUCCACAUUGCAUAUCUUCGCUCCUGGCAGAAAACACACCCUUCUGUCCUCCGGAUCAGCCAAAUACAGAAAAACAUUCACAUUUGACUGUAGUGAGUGCUGAGGAGGGAAAUGAAACAAGUCAACAUUUGGAAAGCAAUCAUUUCAUGUCAGAGUUCCUCAAUGAUGUACCCUUCACCCUAGCACCCCAUGUGCUAGCAGUACAGGACAUCUCUAAUGGCCUUCCAGACCAGUUGCUCUCCUACAACAUCAGUGAUAAUUUAUCAAGAUUUUGGUAUGAUUUUACACUUGAAAAUUCAGUGCUUUGUGAUUUGUAAUAUGUCCUUAUCUUUCUGUCCCUUUGAAUGUGCACCGUGACAACUUGAAGAUAAUUACACAAAUAUUUUGUUUUGUAACUUAACUGCUUAAAUGUUUUUGUGGUAUGCCAUUUAUAUAACACAUGCAUAAAAACUAAAAUAAUUAAAAUCUCAUACUGUUUUAUUCCUUAACAUAUCAUCUUACAUUACACUUAAGUAACUUAUCAGAAAUACUGAAUUUGUUCCUAAAGUAGUCAAGCAGAACUAUUAGUUUUGUUUAAUCCUGAGUAAGAGAUCCAUCUGUUAAUACAUUAAUUGGUGACUGUCAAUAAGUGGACUGUAAAUGCACACAUUUCAUUAUUCUUACCUGUGAUGUCAUGGACUUCUGCAGCAUUUGAUAUUUUACUCUGAUGCCACAAAUGCAAAGCCUGUUGUGCAUAUUUCUAUUUAGACUAUCUUUGCUUUUUCCAGGGAUGGAAAUGAAUGUCGAUUGUAAAUGAAGUCAUGCUAUUUUGCAUUACAAUAGGCAACUGAUGCUCCAGUCUCAAAUGCUGCAUUUUAAACUUCUGAGGCAAGUUUACAGGUUUAACUUUGUUAGUAUGACUGAGUAGAUUUUACUAUACUCAAAACGAAAAGCUAGUCAGCUUCUCCGUUUUUCCAGUAGACCUUGCUGUUCAUCUUACCAGGUCACUUCAGUCUCUCUUUCUCUGUCUUUCUCAAGGGUUUUCUCUCUAACUGCCCUGCAUUUGCUGUUUUUUCUCGUUGUCACAUGUGUUCCUGGUUUAUGCAUAGAUCAGUUUUUCCUUUUUAACCUUUGUGCCCCCUAAAGAAAGAAAUCUCAGGAUAUGUACUUUUAAUGGCCAUACCCUUGUGUUUUUUUUAAUUGUGGCCCAAAGAUACAGAUGGCAGUGUUUAACUACUACAAAACAUUAAAUUGUUCCAUACCCAACUAAAUACCUAAAAAUUCAUUUCAAGCCUUGAAUAUGCAUAUUUUAUUAUAGCUAAAACCUAACUAAAUUGCUGUUGCCCAAUGAACUGCUCACUGAAGUCUUUUAUGGGUUGUGUGAAGAAUUCUCUGUGCCAUAUGCAAGAUUAAAUUUGUUUUGACUAUCAGGAAAAAAAUAUUUUUACUGUGCCAACUGUAAGUGGGUAUUUUCAUAAGAAAUGCGUGACAUAGGAUAUUUAUAUAGAUUUUCACGUGUGUGCUUUUAAGAUGUUUGGGAUAAUAAAUACCCCAAACGAUAGAGAAGCUGUGUUGUAAGUACAUUUUGGUUUGUUAAAUGAUCAUACUUUCUCAGAUUUUUUUUCUGGAAAACCUAUGCAUUUCAUUAGUUUGUUUGCAGUCUGUAUCUGUUAAGUUUAUAAAUAUGCUUUGAGCUACUUGUUUUCAGGGAAAGUAUCUAUUGCACUUAAAUAAAAGCUGUGGUUAAAUAAUGUA